AGAAAAUGCCAACAAGUUGACGAUGCGAACAUUAGUCUCUGUUGCUGGCCGUGAGAAGGCUCAGGAGGGCAAAUGUAUCUUUUUCUUUAAAAGAUAUGACUCCUCAUUUGAUGAUAAGAAUAUCGCUGAGGUAAGAGUUAUGUGUUUCUUAAUGUUUAAAUGACUCAAACGAUUGUUUUCAUGUUUAAGCACAGUUUAGUAUAAAUUACCUGCUGGGAAGCAGUUGGGUUUUUGAUUUUGAAAAAAAAUCUGAAGUUUCAAUCACUGGAUACUGGUAGUAGGAUAUUUUAAGGAUGUGCAGGGAAUUGAUUUUUAAAAAAACAACAUUUUGCUAAUUUCUCAAUCACUUUAUAAAUUUCAUGCAUUCCUCAUAACUCUUCAUUUCUUUCUCUCACAUUUUUGUCAUUUGAAUUUUUCAAUUUAGCUUUCAGUUUGUUCACAGCCCAUUGAGAAUAAAAUCAUUUCUGUUCUUCAGCUUUAGUGUGUUAAUAAAUAGUUCUCUGCUCUAAUUCAAUACUGAUCUAACAAAAUUAUUUUAACUUCUACUCUACAGGCUGUUGUAUGUGGGUCUCUUCAUAUCUCAGAGGGCACCAGUUUGUUGGGGUCCAUCUCGGAGCAGAUCUCUAAGAUCUAUUAUCCAGCUCUGACCAGGCUUAAACUAUUCACAAGUUACAAGAGAUGGGACUCGGUAACAAAGUGCCACUACAAUGAGAUGUUUUGCAGCAUAGAGAAUUUCAUUCGCCAUCUGUCAUGUGAGCUUAAGUUUUAAACAAAAAAAUGUAUUGGUUUCAUUAAAUAAGCAAUGUAUAUGACACUUUGUAUUUAGGAUUUUAAGUACAUAUUACACUAGAAACAACCUGCCGAAGAAUUGUGUUUGCAAAGCAUGAACUUUCCAUCUGCUUAACUUACUAAACAAAACAUACAUUCACAUAAAGCACUUGAUAAGAAUCCCAAUUAGUGCUAAUUCUGGAAAUUUUUGCGUUCCUUUUUGUUAUAAUAUUCAGUUUACAUGGAUGAUUUGAUUGAAAGGAAAACUUAAUAUGUUUGCUCUAUAUUGAUUUUAAAUUCUUUGAACUUUUUGUUUGUUUCAGGGGGUAAUAUACAUACUUUGGGGGCUGUGGGACUUGGCACUCUGCCAGACCAUGGCAAGAUGGCUCUC